AUUAUACAGAGAGGGGAGAUCAUAAUCAGGGUAUAGAUACUCAGUCCCAUUAUGUUUGCUUAUUUUAUUUAGCACUAUGUCUAAGUUUCAGAACUACAAAUCCCAUAAUCCCUGCUUGGUUGCAGCAAUUUGCCUGGCCAACCCUCCGCCCAGUGUUUCUAUGACUGUGGCAUUUCUUUGUGGGGGCGUGGCACCAUUCUACCUGCAUUCCCCACGUGUCUGUGGGCGGUGCCCAAACCUGUACGGUCUUGUUUAGCUGCUAGUUCUGGGCGUGGUCUUGUUGCCCCUCCCUCCUUGACAGGUGUCAGUGGGCGGGGCAUUUUACUUUGCCAGACGCUGUAGCAGCAACAUGAGUGGGGAGCCGCAUUCUGGGCACAGGCCCGCGCUGGAUCUCUCCCAGGAUCUCAGUGACUGUAUGGAAGCUUUAAAUCUCUUUUUGAUGAACCAGUUUAAUGAGAGUCUGGCUCUUUUGCAACCAAGAGCUACAGAGAGCCUGUACCACAGCCUGGUCUAUGCCACUAUACUAGAGAUGCAAGCUAUGAUGACAUUUGAGCAUGAUGACAUCAUCAGUGCAGGACAGACCAUGAAGAAGGCACAGGAAAUAUGUCAGAGGUUUAGGAAGAAAUCUUCCUUAAUCAAUAAAUUUGGAGCAGAUGCCUUUACAGAAGUGGAGUUACACGCAGAGGUUUGCUAUGCCGAGUGUCUCCUGCAGAGGGCAGCUCUCACUUUCUUGCAGGAUGAGAAUAUGAUCAGCUUUAUUAAGGGUGGCAUGAAAGUGCGGAACAGCUACUUGAUCUAUCGAGAUCUGAACACUUUACUGCAGUCUAAUGCCUUCCAGAAAGGGGCAUCACAUGUUCAUCUAGAAGGCGGAGUCUCUCUGGGCACUGGAGCUUUCAACCUGACUCUAUCACUCUUCCCUCCGCGGAUCCUUAAGUUAUUGGAGUUUGCUGGGUUUUCAGGGGAUAAGGAUUAUGGCCUGUCCCGACUCCAUGAAGGUGCUGCGUCCUGGAACCUGCGCUCCCUGCUCUGCACAAUGUUACUUCUCUGUUACUAUUCCUUCCUCAGCUUUAUCCUAGGGACGGGUGAAGUUAGUGUCACAGAAGCUGAGGACCUCCUUCGGCCAUACAUAAGUCGUUAUCCCAAGAGCGCAAUCUUUCUGUUCUUUGCUGGGAGGAUAGAGGAGCUUAAAGGCAACAUUGAUGAGGCAAUCCGUUGGUUUGAGGAGGGCUGCUCAGCGCAACAGGCCUGGAAGCAGUUCCAUCACAUGUGCUACUGGGAGCUGAUGUGGUGUUAUGCCUAUAAAGGGCUCUGGAAGGUGGCUUAUUUCUAUGCUGAUCUGCUGAGCAAAGAGAACCGCUGGUCUAAGGCCAUGUAUGUCUAUAUGAAGGCGGCUUUUCUGAGCAUGUUACCACCUGACGAGCCACGGCCUUUUGGAGAGAACGAGGUGGAGUUGUUCAGGCUUGUGCCCUCCUUAAAGCAGAAAAUCGCUGGAAAAUCUCCUCCCACGGAAAAAUUUGCCAUCAGGAAAGCGAGAAGGUACCAAGCCAAGGAGCCAGUGGCGUUACCUGUCCCUGCACUGGAAAUGAUGUAUUUAUGGAAUGGGUACUCCGUUCUGGGGAAGGACAGCCGGCUGACCGAAGAGACCCUGACUAUCCUUAGUAACGCCCAGUCCAAGCUGAGCCAGGAACAAGCCUCCGAGUUUCUUUAUGAUGAUAUUUGCUCCAUUCUGCUGCUGAAAGGACUGUGCCUGAAGCACCGAGGACGACUGGAAGAGGCUGAGCAGUGCUUCACUCAAAUACACCACAGGAUUGACAAGCCAUUACAAGUAUUAAAACUGAGAAUCUGUGGAGAGUGGCGGCAAUGCAGGUCCUAUAUGGUGGUUGGCAGGCCCUGGAACUUUGUGGGGGCAACUACUGGGAAUCCACCUGGCACUGAUCCUGCUUUCCGGCCUUGUGGGUAAACCAGGCAAAGUCCAUUCUAAUUUCAACCACUAAGGUGCUUACUUGCACUGGUUUUGCUUUUGGGUCAAGGAGUCACCUACAGGAGAAGCCCCUUACUACUAUGGUAACUGGUGGUUGGGCCUGGCCAUUUGCAACGGUGCAAAGUGUGUUAUCCCUUAAAUGGGAAUGCCGAUCUAUUGUGCAAUGGUGCAGCGGCAAUGCGGAGCCCCAUGUGAUGCUUGUCAGGCCCUGGAACUGUACUUGCUUGUAUAGUAGAAUCAGCUCCCAGACUUUGUCAAUUUGUGGGUCCUGGUGCACGUACCCUGACUGGUCACCUUCCAAUCCUUUCACAAGUAUUGAUUGAAGUACAGCACCACAAGUCUUUUCUAUAGAUAAAAAUGCCUUUAUUGGAACACUGGCAGGACCUGGAUAAGCAACGUUUCA